AUGGACUCGGUUCGUGCCUUCUGGAAGGACUUCAAGAUGGAACGUCCGCACGAUCCUCUGGCACUGGCUGCGUUCGAGACAUCGUACCGGAGGAGGGCACGUGUCAUGGCCAACAACUUUGCCGUCAUCUUUCUCCAUUUUGCCAUCGGGGCCACCAUCAGCGGGGUUCUUUUCUUGACGCCCGGCGUGCGCGGCUACGUUCAGCAGAUGCCGAUGAUUCGUUUCCUCAUCUACACUUCCGGUGUUGUCGUUCCGAUUCUGACGGGUACAUGGCCGAUCGAAUAUCGUGUCGGCUACAUCGUGUGGCUUCUUCACACCGUUCUGCUCGUCCUCAUCACCACCGUACUGGCCACCGACUUCGACACGGAGAUGCCGAUGGUGAUCAUGACGGGAUUGAGCCUGCUCUCCCUCUUCUUCUGCCUCAUCUGCGCCCAUCGGGGCUGGCUGUUCGCGAAGGCGAGGUGGAUCGUCUUCACGUGGAUUGCAUGGCCGUUCCUCAUCCAGUUCAUCCAGUCGUCAAUGCUGCUCUACGACUCUUCAUGGCUGAUGAGUUCGGUGUUCGGCGCCCUGGCGACGACCUACAUCCUCUACAACGUCGACGAUACCACAUAUGAAAGCCCAUUCCAUACUGUUGCCUUUUUAAGGAUGUCCACAGCCCUCAAACCAACGACAGCCAAGCGGACCGCCAAAGUGCUCACCGAUUUCUUCAGUAAAGCACCGGGCGCCGCUGAGAAGAAGUUGAAGGUGGAUGUAAUGGAGGAUUCGAAGCCCGUCAAAGAGUCGGCAACAACAACAGUCGAGCCAAGCGAAGACGCGGAAAACACUCCGCAAACGUCCGGCGAACUUGCGAGCGCCUUUCUUGCGGACCUGCUCCAAGAUGCCGAAUGGCGAGAAGCGCUAAAGACCGAGUUCGAAGCCCCGUAUUGGAAGAAAAUCGAAGACUUCCUCUUAAAAGAAUAUCAAAAGGGUAAAGAAAUCUUUCCGCCACGCCACGAAAUCUUCACCGCGUUCAACACGACGCCUUUGUGCAAGAUAAGGGUCGUGCUGAUCGGCCAGGAUCCCUAUCACAACGUCGGCCAGGCGCACGGGCUUUGCUUUUCGGUGAAGAAGGGAAUAAAGGCGCCCCCAUCGCUGGUCAAUAUGUACAAGGAAUUGGUCACCGAUAUUCCAGGUUUCGUGCCGCCCUCUCACGGGUAUUUGAUGGGCUGGGCCGAACAAGGCGUUUUCAUGCUCAACGCCGGUCUUACAGUCGACCAACUCACACGCCGAUAUUGGAUGGCACAAAUUCACCGAGAAGGUCAUUCAAACGAUCUCCCGACGUGUCGA